UUUUCCUUCUACCUUCGAUCUUCGUAUUGGCCGGCGCCAUUGUAGAGAUCUGAAAAGUCCAUCUCGGAGGUCGGAAUCUAUGGCCGAUCACCACCACCACCACCACAGGCCUCACCGUCUCUCAAUUCCACCGCGCGCCGUUGGUGCCGCCUCCUCUCGACCUUCUUACCCUCUCUUUCCGUAUUCGUCUUCAACCCCAACUCCCACUCCCUCCAAGAGCCGCCUCAAUUCCAAAUCCUCCAACAAAAGCUCAAUUUCAUUCCUGUUUUUGCUUCUGUUUUCGCUCCGUUCACUCUAUUCGCUCCUCCCAUUCCUCCGCUCUUCGCCUUCUUUCUCUCUUUUCCCUUUUUCUUUCUUGGUUUCUCUCUUGUCCUUUCUUCUUACUCUCGUUUUCUCUCCUUUUACCGAUUCUUCUUCCGCCUCCAACUUCUAUUUUCACAGUUCCAAGCAGAAUCGAGAUGUUUUCUUUUUCUCUUCGAUUUCGCAGUCGCAGAUUAAGACUUUGGUUGCUAAGUCUAUUCUGCUCGCGGUUGUUUUCCUUCUUCGAUUUCAAGCGCUGUUGUAUUGUGGAACAGCGGCAAUGAUUCUAGCUGAACUGACCGGGAAUGUGGUGGCUCGAUUCUUGGCCGAGGAGCGGAAUCAGGCGACUAUGGGUGAUCGUACUCGAAGUCGGUCUUCAGAGGUUCGCGGGUUUUUGUCCUUAUUCUUUGGUUUGUUUCUGUUGUCUAUUAGUUGGGACCGAAUUGAUUGCUUCCCUUUUGCAACUUCUUUCAUUGAUAAAUACGGAUUUUCUGUGCUUCCUAGAGAGAAUUGUAUGAGAAUUUGGCCUAUGUUACUUCCUUUUCUUUCUGGAUUCUUGGCUUGUUACGAGCGGAUUUCCAUGAAUUGGGGGACUGUUAGACAAUUGGGUCAGAAACGAGUUAGAUUAGUUUCACUGUUCUUCACGACGGUCAUCCUUUUUGUUCCUGCUGUAAUUAGUAUGAUCGUGUUUGAAGCGGAGGGGAAGAGUGUUUCCUUAGGAAAUCUGGCAUGGCCUCUUGCAAACACUGUAGUUUUUGGGGUUCUUUUGAAUGAAAAUUAUGGUGAUGAUAAAUUAGUCAGUUCAAAAGAUUUUAGGAGUGAAUUUCUUGUCACUUUUGUUUGUACUGUUAUUCUAGAGUUGCUGUAUUUUCCUGAACUCUCUCUAUGGGGAUUGUUAUUAUGUGGAUUACUGCUGUGUGUGGCUGUAAGAGAGUUAGAUCCUGUUUACCUGAACUAUCUUGAGCUUGGGGUUGAUUCGUCGGAGUCCAUUACCACGACGGUCAUGAGACCUAUUCACCACAUUUUGACUGAGCGGAAGUCUCGAAAGAUUGCACUUUUCCUUUUGAUCAACACUGGCUAUAUGGUUGUUGAAUUUGUUGCUGGUUUUAUGAGCAAUAGUCUUGGGCUGAUAUCAGAUGCAUGUCAUAUGUUGUUUGAUUGUGCUGCUUUGGCUAUUGGACUUUAUGCUUCAUAUAUUUCUCGCUUGCCUGCGAACAAUCAAUUCAACUACGGGCGAGGGCGAUUUGAGAUUCUUUCAGGAUAUGCUAAUGCUGUUUUCCUGGUAUUGGUCGGGGCGCUCAUUGUAUUGGAGUCAUUUGAGCGAAUUUUGGAUCCACAGGAGAUAUCUACAAACAGCUUAUUAACAGUUUCUAUUGGAGGGCUAGUUGUAAAUGUGGUUGGUUUGAUAUUCUUUCAUGAAGAGCAUCAUCACGCCCACGGUGGAUCGGGAUCUUGCUCGCAUUCGCACUCUCAUUCUCAUUCUCAUGCGAGCUCCCACUUGUUUGCAGACUCUCAUGACAAGCAUGAAUCUCAUGAAAGUUCAGUUUCUGUCCAUGCUGGCCAUCAUGAGAACAAUCAGGUCGACGUUUGCAGUGAGAUUCACCUCAGUAACCACCAUGACGAUCAUCAUCAUCACGAUCACUCUGACCAUUGUGACCACAACCAUGAUCACGACCAUCACCAUCAUCAUGACGAAUCUUGCAAGCAAGACCACCAUGGCCAUGCUCAUGCUGAAUCUGAUGUGCCCAAAAUGGUUUCUCACACUGUUUCAGAAAGUUCACAUAGCCACCCUUCAAGACAGCCUGUUGAGGGGACAGUCCGAAAGAAGCACCACCAUCACCACAUUGACCACAACAUGGAAGGGAUAUUUCUACAUGUCUUGGCCGAUACCAUGGGGAGUGUUGGUGUCGUUAUAUCGACCCUUUUGAUCAAAUACAAGGGAUGGCUAGUUGCUGAUCCCGCCUGUUCCAUAUUUAUUUCUAUAAUGAUCAUAUCUUCAGUCAUUCCAUUACUUAGAAACUCUGCAGAAAUCUUGCUUCAAAGAGUUCCCAGGGCACAUGAGCAGGAUCUGAAAGAAGCUGUGAAUGAUAUUAUGGCGAUCUGUGGAGUCCAAGGCAUUCAGAACCUGCACGUAUGGAGUUUCACUAACACCGACGUCGUGGGAACACUCCGUCUUCAUGUCUCAACAGAAACCGACAAGCCUUCUAUAAAGGCAAAGGUUGAACACAUACUGCAUGAUGCUGGAAUCAAGGACUUGACAUUGCAGCUGGAAUAUAAUCGACAAUGAUCUUGAUGAGCUUCUUUUUAACAUUGUUUUCAUGACUCACUUUGAUUAUUGGAUGAUUGGGUUAAUCUUCAUAUUCCUAAUCCACAAUGUCAGCUGAUAGACUCCUUUAAAUCGAUGCGAUGCGUCGGGAGUGAAGUAAAUUAUCCUUAUACAUUCCUCUUCUAGCCCUGCAAAUGCAUUGUGAGGAAUCUGAAUUGAUUCUUGUCAAGCUCAGGGAGGAGUUUAUAGUUCACGUUAGGCUUGAAUCAGCCUACAUAUUUCCAUUGUUGCAUCACAGAGAGUGAUAGUUCUGUGUUGAAUCCUUGUUCUACAUUCUUAUAUACUGACUCAAAUGGUAGAUUAGUGUCAAUGUAAUUCAUUUAUUUUGCUGGAUGUAAAGAAUGAAUUCGAAAUGAUCUUAGUAUCUUUCACUCUG